AUGCAAACCCAAAUCUGGGAUUCUACCAUCCCUCUCCACAUCACCCAUCCAUCGUCUCCCAUCCCAUACCUAAUCCAAGUCCCCCGGCUGUCCUACCUCCCGCUGCUCCUUCCUCGAUUGACCCUGUUCUUUGGCCCCGCAUCCAGCUUUUCCUACGAAGGGAUCGUACUGAAGAACUUGCCCGUAGGACUCCUCCGCGACCUCUACCAGCCCUCCCUACCAUGGCGCCUAGUUCUCGGCUCCGGCCCGCUGUUCGACAUCCACGAUACCUUCAUCAACAGCGUUAAAGAAGCAGACUUCAUCCGAAAUGGCACAGCCAAGGGCAUAAUGUCCAUGUCUAAAGAAAACUCAACCCAGCUCUGGAACUCUGUGCAAGACAAUGACUUCACCGUCUACAACAAAAUCAACAGCAUCCUCCUCAAUCCCGCCACACCACUAAAGCACAUCCCCUUGCGAGUCUACGUGCCCUCUUCACCCACUGAAUCCUCCACACUUGGAUCCUUCAAAGUUGUGCAAACACUAGUACCUCCCUUUACCCAAAACCGCGAAGCUCAGACCGUAGGAUCGGCACUGAACACUAUCUUGCCAUCGCUCUUCCCGAGCCGACGGGAUGCUAUACUCGCAGAACCGAUAUUGCAUGGUGCGCCCAUCCCGUUUCGAGCGCCGCUAGAGGAGGUGAUGAGGGAGGCUGCUUAUGCGGAUGGUUGGAUACAUUUGAGUGUUUUGAUGAUCGACGCAUGA